AAAAUUCUUCUAAUUGCCUUUUCUUUCUGUGUGAGUUUUUCAGAUUGAAAUAUUGUCGAGAGGAUCUAGACGUGGUCUGUGCAGCAGGAGCCCAGAGAAGGACCAGACGUAUUGUCACAGAUCCCAUCCACCCGGGCAAUGCACUGUUUGCCCCACUUCCAUCAGUGAAACUGACAACCUGACAAUGUUCGGGGGUGUGACCACCGUCUGUCUGCAUAAAAGGAAGCAGAAUUCAUCCAUCAGGACAGGAUCAUUUGGAUCAGCUGAUAGAAAGAUGGAUCUUCAGCCUGCAGAGUCUCUCUCUGAAAUCAGCUUUGACCACAAAACGGUCGACAUGUCCUCAAACAUGGACGUUAGGAAUGGCUUUUCUUCUGAGGAGUACAAUAUUUACUCCAGAAUUGAGAUGGACUAUGACAAGUAUUCAAGCAUCCACAGCUCAGAAACCGAUAGCAUAAAGGAGCUGAAUAAUCGCCUUGCCAAUUUUGUCAAAAUCAACCAGACCCUGGAGGAGGAGAACCGAUCGCUGAGGAUUUCCCUGGAGAGUUUUAAGACCAUUAACCAUGAAAGCAGUUAUGUCGGGUUCAAGCAGGAGAGAAAAUGUAUAGCUGAGAACGACAUGCUGGAAAUUGAAAAUUCUAAUUUAAAGCAAAAGAUCAAGAGACUGGAGACAAGGCUGGACAUGGAGACCAAAAUGAAUGUGGAGGCAAAGAAACAAAUUGAGAUUUUGCUAGAUGACAAUGAGGCUCGAUCUCUGGAAAUCCAGAAACUGAAACAAAAUAUCAAGAGACUGAGCGAGACAACUACUGUAUGGCAGACGUGGUCGAAGAGACAGGACGAAUGGAGGAAGAUCACUGGCAUCGCUGGCGACACUGUUGAUGGACCAGGGAUUGACUUGAAGAAACUAAGGGAUGAAAUCUUUGCUGGUGCCGAAAGGAAAGUCACUAAGAUUGAAGCGUUCUACAAAUACAAGAUGGAGGAAUGGCAGAAGAAAAUUAACGAUAAAGAAACAGAACUUGUUGAAGCCCGUCAGCAGAACGAAAAGUUCUAUUUACAGAACCAGAAGUACAUCUGCAAGAUCAAGUCCCUCACUGCCGAAAUUGAUGCCCUAAAUGCCCGUAUACACAAUUUAGAGGAAUUCCGCGGGGUUGAGCUAAUAAGUUCUCAGGACAAAAUCAAAAAUCUUGAAAAACAAAUAAAGACUCUUGAGAAUGAGGUGCAGUGUUAUUUCCAAUCUGUCGAGGGUCUGAAAAGCACCAAGGCGGCGUUGGAAGCAGAAAUUACUACCUACAGGAAUCUUCUGGAAGUUCUGGAGAGCAGAAUCAAGUCAUCUGGGCUGAGAAAAUCCCUUUACAUUUCGGAAGGUUCUUUUGUAUCAGAGAUGAAGACCGAGAUAAAGACUGAACAGUACCAAGCCUACAGUUCUCAGGAGGAGAAAAUACUUUUGAAGAGCAGUCCAAUUCUGCCAGGGGAAAUUAGUGGUUCCCAACUUGAGGAAACAGAGAACCAAGAAGGUGACCUGUCCGAGGGAAAACUGAAGGACAAACCUGAAACUGCCUCUGAAGAUUCACAAGAGAAAAAUCAGCCAUUAGAGAAAUCUGAAUUACAAGCGAUGGAGGAGACUGAAAGCAGUCCUGAACCAAACGCAGCCGAAGAACCUUUUAACAACGGAUCUGAGGACAGCUCUGAAAGUGAGGCUGAAGAAGAUGAACCUGAACCUGAUGAUGCAGAGGGUCCAGAGGUGGAUUAGCUCCAGGCUCCAGGCUAAACACCAGCAGGACAUCUUCCCACAGUUGGUAGGAGACAAGAAGAGACGGGAAAACCUGCGUCCUCAUCUGGGAAGCUCAACGAAAGCUAAAUAUAAUGAGAUGAAAUUUAUCAAGCUAAAUAAUCAAGUCUUCUAUAAUCUCUAGUGGUUUUUAUUUACUGUUAUUUGGUGUUUUCUUUAUAGUGUUUGCUGAAUGAGUCCAAAAAGCAUGAAAUUCACAAAGCAUCUCAGAUGACGUGCUUUGUGAAUCACGCUGCAGCCUUCAUGGGGAAAA